AUACAAGAGGUGGCUCGCUAUUUUGACACCUUCUCGUGAGCGUACUGACUAAAGAAGAGCGUGAAGACUAAAGUGCAUAUCAGCGAAAGCGUGCAACCCCGCGAACGACAGUAGGAAAACCAGAAGCUAAAGCCAAAGAAAAACUCUACGAGGGCUUUUAACGCAGCAGUCGCUACACAUAACCUACACCAAUACAACUACAAUGGCAAGCCCUCGAAGCGUGCUGGAGUUCUUUUUUCAAGCCCUCACCGUGGUGGUGGUCUUUGGGAUUCUUGAAGCAGCUCCCCUACAGUCACAAUUGGAGUGUAAAGGUUACAUUCUACCCGACGGCAAUGUCACCUACAUCUUCCCUGAUGACUUUCCGGACCUAAUGGCUGACUGUGAGCCUGAAAUCCUAAUUGGGGAAAAGGUGUCUGCAAUAUUUGAGAAUGGGAAGGUUCCAAUCGAAUUGAUUCCUCCUGUGGUUGCAGUCACAGCUCACAACUUCUCCUUAAGUUCCAACCAAAGCUCCUACCCUCAGCCCGUGGGUAUUGGCCUGUAUUGUCUCCAGUCUCGCACACGCAUAAGUUGCUUCUGUGAUGCUUGCAUCAACCCGGCGAAGAAUGACAGCACCAUAUCAGAGCCUCCUGUUGAUGAGCCACGCUUAUCUGGGACCCCAGACAACAGCAGCACCCAUUACCGAGUAGGUGCCAUUUGUGCUGGUGUUGGCAUGAUGAUCAUCAUUCUCGUUAUUACUUUUGAUUGGAUUGUCUUGCGGUGGCGUAAUUCCAUGGAGAAGAAGACAGAGGAUGUGGAGUAUCCUCUGAGGGACUCCAGUGCGGAGACGUCAGCAUCGAGCUCCAGCGAGCAUCUUCCAGGGUCCCAGGGUCUCAUUGAGACAGCUCCCAUCAUGGAUCACAACAACCAGGAAGGAAUCUGAGACAAGGAACUGCCAGAAUGUCCUACGCCCAUGAAGUGCCUACUACGCAUUCUACUGAUUUAAGACAUCUGAGCCAGACUGACUCGGUUAUGGGAUUUUGUGCAGGGCCACUGGAAGUAUCAGUGGGUGGGGGGUAAUCAACAAAAUCACUUGUAUAGUUACAAAUUGAAAAUAAGGUGCUAUCUGGGUCCGUUGAUUUAACAGGCACAUACCAACAUAGACUGAUGUAUCUCGCUGCUAGUGCAUCAGAACGGAAGUGAUAUCAGUGCCUUCCACAUCUCUUUCCUUUCCCUUCUUGGUGCUCUGCCUUGCGUUAGCUCGCCCACCUUAAAUAUCACAGAAGCUCCUCUACAGCUUCGGCAGAGGGUGUGGAUGGAUGCAGAAUGUGAACGCUAUAAUAUGAACUUCCUUGAAGUAAAAAAAAAAAAAAAAACAUGGUGGCCUUAAACACACCACUGAAGGCUUGACAUGUCAUGUUGCUGUACAUUAUUUAUUUAGUCCGUUUUCUAUAUUUGUGUUUUUGAUAAACUAUUUAUGAUAAAGUAUUUUUGUACAUUGAU